AUGUCCGCAGCACAAUGUACCAGACUGUUCACCAGAAACAUCCCUCAAGUGAGGCGACAACGCCAACUACAAAGUUCUCGCGUCACACUCGUUGGCACUCCAGCCCCAAGUCACAAUCCUACCAUUGACUCCGAAGUUCUACCAUAUCGACUCUACGAACUCUCACUAAAGAAGAUCCGAAAAGAGGCCCACGCAGCCGAGCCCGAUCUACGCCAUGUCAUUGCCGGCAUCACAAUGCAAAAAGUGGUUUCCAGUGUGGUGCAUGAUGAUCUUCUCCAGAGAGUCGACAUGAUCGAAACCGCAAAAUUACCCAGACUACCGAUCCUACCGGGCGCCGAUGAGCCAUGGGAGCAUGAAGAAAUCACCGCAAAUCAAACAUCGAAUCCGAAUGAGUGGGAUAUGGAAUCUCUCGACCAAGCGCUUUGUGAGAUGGAACGCGCUAGUAAGAAAGGAAAUGUUGCAAAAAGUGUUUGUUUUCAGUUGAUUAAUGACAUGUGA